AUCCACAAUUUCUUUUCUUGUUCCACCAGAUACAGACAUAUAGAGAGAGACUCUCCUUCACCAUUUUUUUUCCAUUUCUCUAUUUUUUCUGAUAUGGGUGCUAAUGUAUCUUCAAUUGACACAAAUUGUGAUGAUGGGUUGAAUUAUUUGCCAUUUAAGCCUAAGCUUGAUGAUAUACCAGAGGCUUGUGUUGCUCUUCUGCUUUCAUACCUUGAUCCACCUGAGAUCUGCAAAUUAUCGCGUAUUAAUAGGCUAUUUCGUGCUGCUUCAUCUGCUGAUUUUAUAUGGGAACCCAAAUUGCCCUCUAAUUAUAACUAUAUUCUUCAAAAAUUGCUUGCCCUCAAUGUUGAUGAUGCCCUCUGUAAAAAGGACAUUUUUGCUAAGCUUUCUUCUCCCAGGUCCUUUGAUGGUGACACAAAGCAAGUAUGGAUUGACAAGAAGAAUGGAGGGGUUUGUUUGGCAAUUUCAUCCAAAGGAAUGUCAAUUACCGGCAUCGAUGAUCGAAGAUACUGGAAUCACAUUCCGACCGAUGAAUCAAGAUUCAAAACUGUAGCUUAUCUUCAACAAAUCUGGUGGCUUGAAGUCGAUGGGGAUCUCGAGUUCCAAUUCCCAGAAGGGACCUAUAGUCUAUUCUUCAGACUUCAGCUUGGUAAGGCGACAAAGAGGCACAAACGUCGUGCCUGUAACUAUGAGCAUGUUCAUGGCUGGGACUUAAAACCUGUCCAGUUUCAGUUAACAACAGCGGAUGAUUGUCGUGUGACAUCCCGGUGUUAUCUGGACAAUUUAGGAACUUGGAUGCAGCAUCAUGUAGGAGAUUUUGUUGUUAAGGAUGGCACUGUUCCAACAAAAAUCAAAUAUUCAUUGACACAGAUAGAUUGUACACAUACAAAAGGUGGUCUGUGUGUUGAUUCGGUGUUAAUAUGCCCUACUAGCUUAUCUAAACAAUUAACUUGUUGAUUGCUUUACAACCAUCAGUUUUGUAUAUACUUCGUUUUCUCCUUAAAAUGUCUUCUAGUCGUUUCUAUUUAGCAUCUAGAGAGAUCCAGGUUUUUUGUAUCUUAGUCCACGAAAUGAUAGACAAUAGUUGAUUUUGAGCUUAGAUGA